AACCGACUUGGGACUGGUAGUAAAGCAUUAUAUGGCUGAGGAGUAUUCAUUUCCUUUAUCAUCUUGUUUAAAUACAUCUAACCCAGCAAUACUUCCUCUCCUCUUUUGAUUCUUCUCUUCUCAUAUAAAGAAUCAUGUCUUCAAGCGACAGAGAGUACGAAUUGGUCAUCUUUGGAGCCACAGGAUACACAGGGAAACUUACGGCGGAACACGUUGCCACACAUUUACCUACAGAUCUUCGAUGGGCUUUGGCAGGACGUUCGUCCGCUAAAUUGGAAGCAGUUGCAGCUGAGUGCAAGGCACUGAAUCCGGAUAGGACACAGCCAGGUGUGUGAGAUCCUUAAUUAAGAACUCCAACAGUUGCUCCCUUGAUAUCACGUGGCUUCUACCACAACGACAAGUCGUUGGCUGACACAUCACAUUAUGAAUAGCUAUCGAAGUUUGUAACUUAGAUGAUGCCGAGCUCAGUGUAUUGGCCAAAAAGACAAGAGUUAUUUUGGCAACAGUCGGCCCUUAUGCUCUUCAUGGCGAACCUUGCUUCAAAGCUUGUGCCGAGAAUGGAACGCAUUAUUUUGAUGUUACUGGAGAAGUACCAUGGGUAGCGAAGAUGAUCAAGAAGUAUGAAAGCACCGCUAAAGCCAGCGGUGCAAUCCUGAUUCCGCAAUGUGGUAUUGAAUCUGCUCUACCGGAUUUAAUCACCCGAUAUGCUGUUGAUGCUGUACGAGAAAAGUUAUCAGCACCUACUGAUGAGGUUAUCGUAUCUUUACAUGAGAUGAAGUAAGAUAUAGCGCCGAGAAUUAUUUGAUCAUGAGCUAAUUCCUCUUAGAUCAAAACCUUCCGGGGGAACAUUGGAAACAAUCUUCACAAUUUUGGAAGUAUUCAGUCUCAAGCAACUUAAAGAAUCAAUGACUCCAUAUGCUCUAUCCCCAAUACCAGGACCAAAAGUUCGUCCUUCCACAUCUAUCAUCACCAAACUUACCGGAAUCAAAGUAGUUCCUGAUUUAGGGAUUCUUACCACUUCUCUUGCAGGAUCAACGGAUUUAGCCAUAAUUCAUCGAAGUUGGGGAUUGUCUAGCGAGAAGCAGUUCUAUGGGCCUAAUUUUAAAGUCGAGGAAUAUAUGAAAGCGCGAAACUAUUUUACUGCUUUCGCAAUACACUUGGGACUUAUGCUUGGUGGCCUAUUCCUGGCCAUCCCAUUUUUCAGACACGCGGCUAGGAAAUAUGUUUAUCAGCCAGGAGAAGGAGCUACGAAAGAGGAAGCAAAGAAUGAUCGAGUUGAGUUUAGAGUCAUUGCCAAACCGGAUAAUGGUCAACCAAAGCCUGCGAGAAUCUUUUGUCGAGAAUAUUUUGAAGGUCCAAUCUAUGGAUGUAAGUGGAGUUGUAUGAUCCGGAGUAUUUCUAGGUGACUAAUGGCAAAUAGUAACCGGAAUAUUGAUUGCUCAAGGCGCAAUUUCAUUACUUCGAGAUGACCACAAGUUGUCAGGCGGUAUCUAUACUCCAUCUAGUUUGGGUGAAAAGUAUAUCAAUCGCCUUCAACAAUCUGCCAAUGUUAAAUUUGAGAAGAAGGUUUUUGAAAAUUAAGCUGUAUGAAAAUGUUCGAUAAUGGCACAGAAAUAUGAAGUGAAGCUUCACAUGACCUUCUUGUACAUAGACAUCCUAGGCAACAAUCCUUUCCGAAACAAAAUUCAAUAUUCGCAUGGCCUGGAU